AUUUUCGAACGAUACGAGAGAUCGAGAUUCAAGUUUGACAAGAUGUCUGAAAAUUGAAAGAUAUUAAAGCGAAGGAUAUUUAAUUAACUAGAAAUACGAUAUUGUUAUGUCGGUUAUGCACUGUCGUCCUUAGCAUCGAGUCCUUAAGCUAAUUCGAGGCUGGGAUUGGUGAGUUUAAUUAAAGUUGUCGACGUUACAUCGACAAGAGGAGGAAGCGAAACAAGUCACAACAUAUUCGCAGCAUCGUCUAAAAUUCAUUUCACUUAGCGUUGUUUAUUUUAAACGAUGAUUGUGCCGAUAUAAUUUUAUUAGCGGAUUGAUUAGAUUCGAAUUACUGUAAAAGACACGGAAAUAUCAUCGUCGAGGUUAUCUUACGCUUUUGGCUAUAUUUUCAUUGAAUGGCACGGCGAACUCUCUGAAUUCAAGUUGAAACUGUUCUUGUUUCCUCAAUGAAACCCAUUCUGUCAUGUCUUACACUGAAUUGGAACAUGGUUAUCAGGGUCUACGGAGUGCCAGUCGACCAAUUUUCUAUGUAGGAGACUUAAGUUCUGUACAACCAACCCUCGUGGGUCCUGUUGCUUCUUCUAUAUAUCGUUCAUCAAAAAGAGCCGAACUGUCGGACGGGUGUAGCAAUGAUGAUGGAUGCAUGGGUGGAAGUGAUUUGGAAGGAGAAGGGAAGCAAGUUUUGGUUGGAAUCUGUGCGAUGGCAAAAAAGUCACAGAGUAAACCAAUGAAAGAGAUUUUAACAAGAUUAGAAGAAUUUGAAUACAUUAAGAUUGUAGUGUUUCCUGAAGAAGUUAUUUUGAAGGAGUCUGUAGAAGAUUGGCCAGUUGUUGAUUGUUUAAUAAGUUUCCAUAGUAAAGGUUUUCCCCUUGAUAAAGCUAUAAAUUAUGCUAAUCUUAGAAAUCCUUUCAUCAUCAAUAACCUACCAAUGCAAUAUGAUAUUCAGGAUCGUAGAAGAGUAUAUGCUAUCUUAGAGAGUGAAGGUAUUGAAAUCCCAAGAUAUGCUGUCCUAGAUAGAGAUUCAUCUGACCCAAAACAUCACGAAUUGGUGGAAUCAGAAGAUCAUGUAGAAGUCAAUGGUGUUACAUUUAAUAAACCAUUCGUGGAGAAACCUGUAUCUGCAGAGGAUCAUAAUAUUUAUAUUUAUUACCCUACAUCUGCAGGCGGAGGCAGCCAAAGAUUAUUUAGGAAGAUUGGAAGUCGUAGUAGCGUAUAUUCACCAGAAUCUCGAGUUCGUAAGACUGGUUCUUACAUCUACGAAGAUUUUAUGCCAACAGAUGGUACAGAUGUUAAGGUUUAUACUGUAGGUCCAGAUUAUGCUCACGCAGAAGCAAGAAAAAGUCCUGCAUUGGACGGUAAAGUUGAAAGAGACUCGGAGGGAAAAGAAAUUCGCUAUCCGGUUAUACUAAGUAACGCUGAGAAGUUAAUUAGUAGAAAAGUCUGCUUAGCCUUCAAACAAACAGUUUGCGGUUUUGAUUUACUUAGAGCAAAUGGCCAGUCAUUUGUGUGCGAUGUAAAUGGUUUUAGCUUUGUAAAGAAUUCUAACAAAUAUUAUGAUGACUGUGCGAAGAUUUUGGGAAAUAUGAUUUUAAGAGAGUUGGCACCUACUUUGCAUAUACCAUGGAGCGUUCCUUUUCAAUUAGACGAUCCACCUAUUGUGCCUACUACAUUUGGGAAAAUGAUGGAAUUACGAUGCGUAGUUGCUGUUAUAAGACACGGAGAUCGAACACCAAAACAGAAAAUGAAAGUGGAAGUCCGUCAUCCGAAAUUCUUCGAGAUAUUUGCAAAAUACGACGGUUAUAAACACGGUCACAUUAAAUUGAAAAGGCCUAAGCAAUUGCAAGAAAUAUUGGAUACUGCACGUAGUUUAUUAGCUGAAAUACAACAUCGCGCUGCUGGGCCUGAAUUGGAAGAGAAACAGGGAAAAUUAGAACAAUUGAAAAGCGUCUUAGAAAUGUAUGGCCAUUUUUCAGGGAUAAAUCGCAAGGUGCAAAUGAAGUAUCAACCAAGGGGACGACCCAGAGGAAGCUCAUCAGAUGAUGAUCGACUUGGAGAGCCUUCCCUUGUUUUGAUAUUGAAAUGGGGUGGAGAAUUAACACCAGCCGGCCGUAUUCAGGCAGAGGAAUUGGGAAGAAUAUUUCGCUGCAUGUAUCCCGGUGGUCAAGGUAGACACCUUAGUGAGGAAGACUCAGAGAUGUUACCAAACCACGGUGACUAUGCUGGUGCACAAGGUUUAGGGCUACUUAGACUUCAUUCAACAUUUCGACAUGACUUAAAGAUUUAUGCAAGUGACGAAGGAAGGGUUCAAAUGACCGCUGCAGCUUUUGCAAAAGGUUUACUCGCAUUGGAAGGUGAAUUAACGCCUAUAUUGGUUCAGAUGGUGAAAAGUGCUAAUACUAAUGGUCUAUUGGACAACGAUUGUGAUAGCAGUAAAUACCAAAACAUGGUAAAAACACGACUACAUGAAUUAUUACAACAAGACCGAGAGUUUACACGUGAAGAUAGAGAACAGAUAAAUCCUGGAAACGCAUUGAGCAUCAACGCAGCAAUGGAUUUCGUUAAAAACCCUGUUCGUUGCUGUCAACAUGUUCAUACUUUGAUUCAGAAAUUAAUGGACAUUGUCCGUAUUAAAAAAGAUGAUCCCAAAACCAAAGAUGCAAUUCUUUAUCACGGUGAAACGUGGGAAUUAAUGGGUCGACGAUGGGGAAAGAUAGAAAAAGACUUCUGUACUAAAAACAAAAGAUUCGACAUAUCAAAAAUUCCGGAUAUUUAUGAUUGUAUAAAGUAUGAUUUGCAACAUAAUAACCACACGUUGCAAUUCGAACACGCGGAAGAAUUGUACAUUUAUUCCAAGUACCUGGCAGAUAUAGUGAUACCGCAGGAGUACGGAUUAACGGUGCAGGAGAAGCUCACCAUAGGCCAAGGUAUUUGUACUCCUCUUUUGAAAAAGAUAAGAGCAGAUUUGCAAAGAAAUAUUGAAGAAUCUGGAGAAGAAACAGUUAAUAGACUCAAUCCGAGAUAUUCCCAUGGAGUGUCUAGUCCUGGUCGACACGUACGCACAAGACUUUAUUUUACAAGUGAAAGCCAUGUGCAUUCUUUGCUAACUGUUUUACGUUAUGGUGGUUUACUUGAUGUAGUAAAAGAUGAGCAAUGGCGUCGGGCUAUGGAAUACGUUAGUAUGGUCUCUGAAUUAAAUUACAUGUCUCAAAUUGUAGUUAUGUUAUACGAAGAUCCAACGAAAGAUCCUAGCAGCGAAGAACGUUUUCACGUUGAAUUACAUUUUAGUCCUGGUGUAAACUGUUGCGUGCAAAAGAAUUUGCCGCCAGGGCCAGGUUUUAGACCCCAUUCACGCAACGAGAGUAGUCACAACGUAGGUGAAAGUGGUGGUUCUGCUCAAGAUACCAUUUCACAAUGCAGCACUCGAAUAGAAGAAGAGGAUGUAGAGUUGGGUAUUCUGGAAGAUGAUUUCAUGAAUCCUCCAUUACAAUCUGAAACACCUCCGCCAACGAUAGAGUCAGAUACUGUAGAUGCAAUGGAUAGUCCAACAACCAGUAGAGCAGUUGAUAUGAUGGAUCUACAUCCUAACAUGAUGGACGAACCGUUUGAUAGUGGAUUUUUGCAAAGCUCCGCGCCCAUUCCAAUAAGAUAUGACGCAAAAUUUAGUGCUAGAACUGUGGCUGGUCACGAAGCGGCGAGAUUAGGUAGUCAGUUAGCUGCGAGUCAACGCCAACGACGUGACGCCGAGAGAAGUACAAUUGUUGAACCACGUGCACGCAGCUAUGAUUAUCAGAGACAGGACAAGUCCGAGAAAGCUGCGGACAAGCUGCAGUAUCAGAGCUUGGACGCGGUCAACAAAGAAGAGCAACGCUACUUAGAGAGAUCUGGCCAGGUUUCGCUGAACGUGCCUACGGGAAAGUUGGGUCUGCCACACUCUUUCAGUUCGCCGGAGUUCCCGGUUCCUUCGCUAGAAACAUCCGUCUCGUGUUCGACACCUUUGGUGACCUUGCACACGUCUCCCCUGAUCUCGCCGAACAACCGGACGACGUCGAACGCGACGAGCGUCGUGGUCCCCAUAAUUUGUUCUUCGUUCUUUAAUGUAGAUCACGAGCCCGACGUGCCUGACGAUGAUUUCGAUCCGCUGAUUUCUCAGAGUAAGAAAUACGGACGUUCUCGUUCGGAGAUGAUACUCCCUGGAAUCGAGCGGAGCGGUGAGUUGACCGAUUCCUCGAUACUGCCGUGGCCGAAUCGAUCCCCCUUCUCAUUAACCCUGUGCGAAAGAACUCCAGAGGUAAUGACACUCGUAGAACAGACCGAGCUGAGAGAACGUUCUCGUUCGUCGCCACCUUACGUGCCCAAAUGCCUUUGUUAUAAUUGUAACGUGUCGGAGUUGAUCCUGACGAGCAGGGAGUUACCGCCUGUCGAGCGUUUCAACUUCGACAUCUACUUCGCACGCUCGCUCUCCCAUAAGUUCGUCAAUUGUUCCUGUUACUCGAGCCUGCAACCGGACAGACUCACUCGUGUUUGUUGUCGCUCCUUUAACAAUAACUGUGGGAGUCACGGAGGAAUCGCCGGAUUAGAUCAGUCUGGUUCAUUCUUUGUAUGCCCAAAGAGUAGAUUCCCCACGUUUCCUGAGAGGCAGAGUGUCGUUGCUCCUUGUUUAGGAUCGAGGUUCGAUCGUUGUAUCAUUAUACAACAGCCGAGAGAUCACGAUCGCAAGGAGAAAGAGAAGUGGCGGAGGUUCGAUAAGAGUGUGGCGAGAGAAAAUUCCAGUAGCGGUGAUAUAAUUGGGGAUACACGUGUACCGUUCAGAAGCUUAUCCUGUCCGAACGUGAGGCCCGACAUCUUCUCUCGCGUCGAUCCCGUUUGUCCAAACGAGAACGACGUAGCUGUCGAUUGUUCAGCGAUGUACGGACGAUGGUCUUGUCCCAAUGUGAAUCUCCAGUGGCACGGUGGUAGCCUGGUACCAUACGCACCAGAUUGUAGUAGUACGCUUUCUCAUAUGCUCCCUGCGCACGAUAAUGAUGUUCACGAUGAUCACGAUACCCCCCGCAAGUGUUACCAUCGUUCCAAGAGUCCACGUGAACCGUUGUCCCGACUCCAGCCUCAACGAUCCUUCUCAUCUCCAGACACACGACCUUCGAUCAUUCAACCUGACCCUACCUGCACAGCAAGGCGCCACCGUCACAGUAUCUCCGGACAGAUGAGUUAUUUCAAGCUGUUGGGCUACAGUAUCAACAAGAAGCUGACCGGUUCAGCGAAUAGUUUGUUCAGCACGGCUGUUAUCAGCGGAUCUUCCAGCGCGCCAAAUCUCAAGGACAUGGUACCUCCGCACGCCUCUGCUGUUGCUGCGAUAGAAGGUUUUGGUGGUGUGCCGCCGAUAAGGCCGUUGGAAACACUUCACAACGCGUUGUCGUUACGUCAGUUGGAUUCAUUCUUGGAAAUGAUGACCAGCGCCCCUCUGUUCCGAACGCCCGCCUCCUCGCCACCGAAAUACCCUUCCCCCGCUGGAUCAACUCACGAAUCGGUUAACCAAAAUCUCAGUAUCGGAGGAAUCAGUCGCGAGUACCACUCUUCCGACUUGGAAGCUGUCAGGUACCGUAAGAAAUUAAGUAAACCACCCUUGUACAUCACACCAACCCCCAUACAAUAUAAACCUUCGAAUGACGGAGAGCCUUGUGAUAUAAGGAAUCAGCUGUCACCGACUAGUCCUAAUAGUACUGGGUGGAGCAGUGAACCGCAAUCAUUUCUUUCUUCUGAACCCUCAUCCCCUGCACCAACUUCAACAGGAGAAUGCAGCAUGUCUAUAAGCCUAAUCAGCAAUGAUGGAGCACAAGCCUUUAACGUGGGUCCCAAGUUUCCUACAACACCCUGUUUGGAUGUGGACUUCAACGAGUUCUGCAUAAAUAUAGAUCAAGAGCACAGAGAGGGUCGCGGCAGCGUAUCCUAUACAGAUUACUAUAGCAACGAAGAUGGUCAAAUACGAAAUUGUGGUUUCGGGGCUGGUUUUAAUUCCAAUAUACAGAAGAUAAUGCGUACCAAUGAUGAUCUUCCUGCUGAUAAUAUGGAUGAUGACGAAGAUCAUACUAUAACUUUAAAACAGACUGAAGAGCAGAAGAAGCAGGAUGUGAAACAAAUAUUUGAGCAGAAGGAAAACCCAAGCACAAAAUCUAAUAACAGCAGUUACAAAAAAAUUGGAAGAUUCCUUGUCGAAAGCAUGGAAAUAACAGACGAAGAUGUGAGGAUUAAAGAAACAGAUAACGUGGACAAGACAAGAUCAUCUACCCUCCAGAAAACUGAAUCUUUCAAUGCAGAAAGAAUGCAGAAGAACAAGGACGGUACUGAGAUUGCGCAGGAACAGAAAAAGCUUCAUUCCUUCAGCAGUUGUAAAAGGAAGAAUUUCUCUCGAUCUCAGAGUGUUUCUAUGCCAAAAACCUCAACGCAAAAGCUUGAAACAAAUUACAGUUACAAGUGUACGUCAAAGUUAAGCUCACUUUCAAAUAUGUCGGACGAAGACUUGGAAAAUUGGAAGCAGAGCAUGAUGGAAUCAAAAGAUUCUUGCUCAGAAAUGAAAUCGAAAGAGCCAAUCUUGACUGUAGCAAGCAGUAUGACAGGUAACUCCAGCGUUACAAUAGGUUUUAACGUUCAGGACGAGAAGGAAGAGAAACCCGAUUUCUGAGAGUAUUCGUUUUUAAAAUAUUACCCGAGUUUAUUUGUUAAAUCCAUCUCCUUAAUACAACAAAUAAGAUAUUUCAUAUAAAAUCAUUGAACCGUUUAACAUUACGAAUAAAUCAAGGUUCAUGUUAUUUGUGUUAGAUAUUCACAAGAUUGAUGAAACUUCACGAGAUGAAAAUUUUUUACCUUUUAGUUUUCAACGCAAUGUCACAUACAUUAUUUAGUAGUCUGCUUUUUCACAUUCGUUGAGAUCGUUAGCAAUACUUAAAGCGCAUAUAGCGUAACAAAAAUUUUUUUCAACGUGAACAUAUGAACACACGAAUUAUGCAUGUUAUGAACAGUUUAUCAAAAUAGAAGUAUUAUUAGAGUCAGAGCAACGUUAAUAACAUUCCUUCAUGUUCAAUAGUGUACUUAUCAGAUUGUGAUGUACAUUAAAUUAUUUUUUAAUUGACGCUUGUAUGUAAUGGUGUAAUAGUAUUUUUGUAGAUAAUAUAUGUGCAAUGUUAAUAAUAUGUUAGAGCUAAGGCAAAAUGUGUUUGAGUCAAGAAGAGAGAUGUGUUAAAGACCUACCUCAAAAAAGUUUGAUAUAUAUUACAAGAUUUUCAUUAAUCAUAUAUAUGAAACAUGAAUCUCUCACGGCAGUCGACUCAACAAGUACCCAAAUAUACCUCAUUUGCAAAACUAAAUGCGCGAGAGCAAAGAAGUUUAAAAGUUCCUUUCAUAUUAAAAUGGUAUUGUUGUUUUUUAAUUUUAUAAACAUAGUUUUAUUAAUACUAACGACAUAUACUUCUCACGAAAUUAUUUUUUUAACUUAUGAAAGCAUUUUAUAGAUUCAUUCAAAAGUACUGCUAUUAAAUUUUAAUGUUAAUUUUUGUUUUGUUUUACAAGGAUGUGAUGUAACAUUAUUAUCUCCAAAAAAAAAAAGAAAAAUACAAAUAUAAAUGCUAUGAAUUAUGAAACAUUAACUCCAAUUAUAAUGAUUAAAUAAUAACUGUUCUGUAACAAAGUACAUUCGUUUCCUAUUACGUAUGUAAAUACCUUGCAGAAUAAUCUGUUAAAACAGAUGAUAUAUACAUAUAUACGCUAUUUUUCUUAUGAAUUUUAGAGUGUCUCUCGUUGAAGAAACUAUUCAAGUUGAAAAUUAUAUAGAUAACUGUGGUUUUAUAUUAGCCUCAAACGUGCAAGGUGCUGCUUUUAAUUAAACUUAUCAUGCUUCUGAUUAACUUUGUAAUUGUAUCGCAGUAAAAUCAUCACCGCGCUCGUUUAACUUUAUUACGUACCGAAAAAGAUUAGGGACUUAUUCUUCAUCAAUCUUUUCUGCCUUGAAAGAAAAGCAAUAUUUUCGUCAAUUAAUUCGAAAAUCUGCUGAUUAACGCCAAUUAAAAAAAAAAAAAAAAAAUUGAUAUUCCAUGAGAA